CAUGAUCCAGCUAUUAUGCUCACAUGAUUGUGAAGCACUGAAGUCACGAUUGUUAUUUUGAGGUGUCAUCAUGAGAUUGGUCGGACUUUUAUCAUUACUCGCUUUCGUAAGCGUUGGGAGCAGUUCCCUGUUGGGCUCCAGAAAGUGUACCUGGGGGCCAUCCUACUGGUGUAGCCAUGUGUCCCGGGCCAAGGAGUGUGGGGCUGUCGACCACUGUCUACAAACAGUCUGGACAAAACAGAUGGAAUCUACCAAGGACAGCAACACACAGUGUGAGAUUUGUGAAAAAAUGAUCAACAUGGUUCGUGAGGUACUGAAAACCAAGUCAGUGGACGAUGUUAUAUCCUACAUCAAGGACCUGUGUGAUGUCCUACCAUUUAACCAGACCUACAAGACAGAGUGUAUCAACAUGGUGGACGAUGUGGACACAGUGAUCAAACUGUUACAGAGCAACAUGACUGCCAAAGCAAUGUGUGGAGUGUUCAUGCCCUGCAAUGGAUUUGAAGACAGUGUAAACCAUCACAAACAGCCUGAGACCAAUGCUUUAGUCCAGACCCCUUUGGUGGCAGCCACACCUGUCAAGGCUGGCAACAUCUGUACGGACUGUGUCAACUUCAUGACUGACAUCAAAAGUCUUCUUACUGAUCCCAACACUGAGAGUCAGCUGAUUGGAAUGAUAAAACAGAUUGUGUGUGCCCAGCUUGGCACGGUAGAGUCCAUUUGUGAUGACCUGGUGGAUACCUACGUGCCUCAGGGUCUGUCACUGCUCUCCUCCUAUGUGGAUCCUCAGGUGACAUGCAGUGCAGUUGGUUUCUGUACAGGCACAGACACGCAGGAACUUCGAACCAAAUUCAGGGACAUCAAAACCUUUGUCAUGGUUGUCCUGAGAAAGAUGGGCGUCCAUGUUACCACCAAUGCAUUAGAAUGUGAUGCCUGUAAGGCAAUAACUACCGAUGUCAGAAAUAUGGCCCGUGACCCCACCAUGCAGAGGAAGGUGGUUGACUUUGUUGAGGUGAAUCUGUGUGCUCAUCUAGGUGAAUUAGCUGAAAUGGUAAGCCCAUGUUACUCCUUUAUAUGGGACUCCUUUUAUGGUCACCAUCAUCAGAUGGUGCAGUAGGCUGUUCAA